AUGCAGGUCAUCUUGCUGGAGCUACAUAGGUGGGUGGUUUCAUCGUGCUCGUGGAACGGCUUAGUCACCGGAUCGGGAUGCAGCGCUCUGGUGAAGGUGCAAGACGCAGUCAAGCGAGAGCUGGAGAAGGGGCGCUUCAAUCGUUUCUUCCGACGGGAAAAGCUUCGCGGGAAGGCGCAGGAAUGCCUACUGAAGCUGGACGAUGCGUGGCGUUCGUUUGACACCGCGAUCCUGGUGCGACUGGAGCGCCAGGUUGAAUCGCUUAAGAGCCAGGUUGAGUCGCAAGCUCCAUUCGAACCCGGCUCCUUGGUCAGUGCCUCCGCUCUUCCGACUACAGCGUUAUUCUCACAGCUGCUGUCAGAUAUACAGCGCACAGAAGCCCACACGAAGAUACCGUACAGAACCAGGACCCACCACGGUUAUCAAUACAGCGCUAUAUUGGGUACUCGUCCGGUGACAGUGCGCACGUAUGGUCACAAGCUCAAGGAUAACGUUUUCGAAAGCAUCCAAAUGUAUUCUGAGAACAAUCACGAGUCCCACGAAACCUUGAGCAAUGUGAUCGCUAUGGCUCGCCCUCAGGCCGGAACCCAAUUCUAUGUCCUGGACGGUCUACAAAGAUCUAUAUUGACAGACUUCGACAGUAAGGACCCCGUGAUUUGGGUUCAGAAGCUUUUUCAGCAUGAAAGGUCGCUAAGAGCGGAAACGUCCCAGUUGGUCGAUGCAACGGCCCACAGAGAUCCUAGGCAGCACUUCCUUCCCGGUACGGACUGUCCUAUUCCACCUCUGUUCCAGGCUCAUAUACGAUUCACAGAGGCUCCAGUUGUGCACAACUCGGGGUCCACUUUUGAUGCUCUGGUACAGGCGCACGACCAUGUCUCUCAUUCCAAUUUCUCUCGUCUCUGGGAUUUCGUCGCCAGACAUAUACCGUUCCACCUCCUGGAGAUCCCUGACAACGAUGCCAAGCCGGGCGACUAUGGCUACAUUACAAAUCACCCCGACGGCCCCCGUUUCACGUACCUCGGAAAUAUCGAUGAUGUAUUCGAAUCCUCAGUCGAUAUUGUGUCUGAAGAGGGUCGGAUUUAUCACGACAAGCGUAGGGCCCCGUUAAAGCACUCAACUUGGUCAAACAACGCAGUCGAGAGUGAGGAAUUCACCAUUGUUCCAUCCCAGAACGACCCGGGUCGUUGGUGCAUCGGCCAACAAAUCCUAUACAGCAUAUCAGACGACACAUCCUACAAAUUCUUCACCGACCACGCACUACGUCUGUCCCGCCUACAUGGUAUAGACCUAUCAGAUCUCUUUCUCGUCGAUGGCCGCUAUUAUGAGGCGUGGGCGUGCACUGGCGAAGAUCACACGCACGGUACACACACAACGGCGUGGCUUCACAAGCAGCCACUUGACGAGCACGGUGUGCCCCACAAGCCGUGGGCGUACUGGUCCUUUGAUGAGGAGCCAGUGCCCGUAGGACACCCGCCGCCAGACGUUCCACAGGGCCCUGGAUGCUUCUGGGUGGAACGGGCAAGGCUAUUGGCCAGCUGUCUCACUCCGUUUACAGCUCGAAUGAACGUGAUGCUCGCGGAGGCCAGCGAACGUGAUCGGGCGGCGGGUGCACGCAGGAAACUCGCGGACACUGGAAAGCUUGAGCCACGCGCGGGGCCAUCAUGCGCCGGAGAGAGCUCAGACGACGAUGACGAUGCGGGCUUCGGUCUCGGCGCGCGCUCGGCGAAUACGCCCUCUCAGAGCGCGGGCCACUGCGCGCGCGGAAGUGCGGGAACUGCGCGAUCGCCUUCUCGGGGCACGCCACGCCGGGCACGACAUCCUAAGACGGUCGCGGCCCACGAGCGCGCGCCGCAGGAGACGAGCGAGACGUGGUCCGGCGAGCGAGCUGAGCUCGCGAGGUCGGUGCGGGAAGGUCGAGAGGUGGCCGGUGGACGAAAGAGCGUGUACCCGAGCUCCUGGAACUCUGGUGGGAUCGGAGGCGGGCACGCGUGA